AUGGAUGAUGCUGAAGAGGGAUCAAGUGACAUGACUUACUCUCAGAUUGUGAUGAAAAACAUGAAAAUAAAGAACAAAGACAAGACCAACACACCACAGCAGGACACGGUUUACUCACAGCUGAAGUCAAACACAACCACAGGUGAUGCUGAAGAGGGAUCAAGUGAUGUGACUUACUCUCAGAUUGUGAUGAAAAACAUGAAAAUAAAGAACAAAGAAAAGACCAACAGACCAGAGGAGGACACGGUUUACUCACAGCUGAAGUCAAACACAACCACAGAUUGUGUAGUUGGACCCAGUGAUGUUACUUAUGUGACUUAUGCUCCUAUUGUGAUAAAACACAAGAAAAACAAGAAGAAGAAUAAAGGCAAUAUCAGUAUCAUGACAGAGCCUGUGUAUUCCCAGCUCAAACACGGGAGUCCAAAAGCUGUUGUGAUCCUGCAGCCUGAUAAACAGACAUUCAGAGGAGAGACUGUCACUCUCAGAUGUCAAAUACAGGGAGAGAGAGACACUGACUGGGAAUACAGCUGGUAUAAGAAGAGUUCUUCACUCAGUCCUGUCGGUAAAGAUCAGGAAUACACAAUCAGUCCUGUUUCUGAGUCCCAUGGUGGUGAAUACACCUGUAGAGGAAAACACAGAAGAGACUCACAGAUCUCAGAGAUGAGUGAUGCUGUAACACUGACUGUGUCAUCAGGUCUGUCUCCUCCAGCCUCUCUGAUCAUCAGUUCCAACAAAACUCAACACUUUACAUCUGAUUCUCUCUCACUGAGCUGUGAGGUACAGAGUAACUCUACUGGAUGGACAGUGAGACGAUACACAGAUAAUGGAGAGGUGUCAAGCUGUUCAUCAGACUGGGGAUCAGUAACAGGAUCUACAUGUAGCAUCAGCUCCCUCCAGUCAUCAGACAGUGGAGUGUACUGGUGUCAGUCUGACUCUGGAGGGAACAGUAAUCCUCUCAACAUUACAGUGACAUAUGGUGAUGUGAUCCUGGAGAGUCCUGUCCAUCCUGUAACUGAGGGAGACACUUUGACUCUGCACUGUAGAUAUCGAUAUGACCCCUCAGACCUCAGAGCUGAUUUCUAUAAAGAUGGAUCAGUCCUCCAGAAUCAGACUACAGGAGAGAUGACCAUCCCUACUGUCUCAAAGUCAGAUGAGGGUCUGUAUUGGUGUAAACACCCAGAGAGAGGAGAGUCACCAAAGAGCUGGAUCACUAGUCAAGAGACACAACAGCACCAGUCAGACUCCACACCAGGGUCAGAGACAGACAGGGGGAAGAGAACUGCUGACAUUUAUGACACCAUUGAGAGUCCAUGUGAAGGCAACAGAGACCUGUUCUCCCCUUUGCCCUCUGCUGUAGAGACCUUUGCUGGUUACCUGACCUCAGUAGGAGUGGUGGGGUCCAAGGUCUACCUAGUUGCCCAGUAG